AGAGAGAGAGAGAGCGAGAGAGGAAACGAGAGAGACACACACAGAAGCCAGAUCCCCCAUGAAGGCAGCAGAAAGGAGGAGGAGGAGGAGCUGGAAGAAUCAGAGCGAUAGACACAGCCAGGAGGGGAAUCACUCACACACCCUCUCUCUCUCUCUCUCUCUCUCUCUCUCUCUCUCUCUCUCUCUCUCUCUCUCUCUCUCUCACACACACACACCUACACCAACACACACACACACACCCACCCACACGCACCCACACACACACAUACUUGAGGAGCGAGAAUAACACGCGUGGAAGAGGAGGGAGACGGAAAGAGAAAGAAGAACUUUCCUCUCGGUGACUCAUGAAAGAAGCCAUGCCGGUCCUGACGGCAGGAGCAGGGCUCCACGAGACCCUGGCUCUGCUGACCUCCCAGCUGCGGCCGGACGCCAACCACCAGGAGGACAUGGUCUUCCUCCAGAACGUCUUCAGCGAGAAGAGUCUGGGCUACCUCAUGAAGAUCCACGAGAAGCUCCGUCAGUACGAGAAGCAGAGCCCCGCCCCCGUCCUGCACAGCGCCGCCAACCUGGCCGAGGACGUGGUUGAAGAACUUCAAAGUGGACCAAUGAGCAGCGAGGAGAAGGAGCUCCUGCAUCUGCUGACGUCGCCACAUCUUAAGGCGGUUCUCUCGGUGCACGACACGGUGGCCCAGAAGAACUUCGACCCGGUGCUGCCCCCGAUGCCGGACGACUUUGAGGACGAGCUGGAGGAGGAGUCGGUGAAGAUAGUGCGGCUGGUGAAGAACAAGGAGCCCCUGGGAGCCACCAUCAGACGCGACGAUGCCACCGGCUCUGUAAUCGUGGCCCGCAUCAUGAGAGGGGGUGCUGCUGACCGCAGUGGCCUGGUCCACGUAGGAGAUGAGCUCAGAGAGGUGAACGGGGUCUCCAUAAUCCACAAGAAGCCCGACGAGAUCAGCCAACUGCUGUCCCAGUCCCAGGGCUCCAUCACCCUGAAGAUAAUCCCUGCCAUUAAGGAGGAGGACCGACUCAGAGAGAGCAAGGUGUACAUGAGGGCCCUGUUCGACUACAUCCCCCUGGAGGACAAGGCCACGCCCUGCCAGGAGGCGGGACUUCCCUUCAAGCGGGGGGACAUCCUGCAGGUGGUGACCCAGGACGACCCCACCUGGUGGCAGGCCAAGCGGGUCGGGGACAGCAACCUGCGGGCCGGCCUCAUCCCGUCCAAACACUUCCAGGAGAGACGACUGGCCUACAGGAUUAAAAUGGGCACACUCCCCAACGCAAAAUCUCCCCAAAAUCCUAUCUAUGACCAAGGAUGUGAUAAAGAGGACUGUGACUGUGAGGGCUAUUUCAAUGGACAGUACAUAGUCUCUCCUAAGUGUAAACCAGUGGCGCCCUCCUGUGGCCAGGUGUUUUCCUGGGAAUUUUACUCAGCUGGCCUCAGGAGGAGCUUCCGUCUGAGUCGGAAGGACCGACAGGGCUCGUCUGGCGAGGGGUCCGAGGCAGGAGACUCGGACUACCUGACCUACGAAGAGGUCUCACGCUACCAGCAGCGAGGCCAUGAGAGGCCCCGCCUGGUGGUGCUCAUAGGUUCCCUGGGAGCACGAAUCAACGAGCUGAAGCAGAAGGUGAUCGCAGAGAACCCGCAUCGCUACGCCGUGGCCGUCCCACACACGACCAGACCCAAGAAACCACAGGAGAAAGAAGGGGUUGAAUACCACUUUGUGGCCAAGCAGCAGUUUGAUGCCGAUGUGUUGAACAACAAAUUUAUCGAGCACGGGGAAUACAAAGAGAACCAGUAUGGCACCAGUAUAGAGGCAAUCCGCUCAGUGCAGGCCAAGAACAAGAUGUGCUUGGUGGACGUUCAACCAGAGGCCCUGAGGAGGCUGCGCACAGCCGAGUUCAAACCCUACAUCAUCUUUGUCAAGCCGCGCGUUCCUGAGAGCAGAAGGCGCCGCAGCGCCGCCACCUCACCAGCAGGGGGCGAUCACGCCCGUACUACAGACGAGGACCUGCAGGAGAUGCGGCAGUCGGCCAUCCAGAUCGACCACCAGUACGGGCACCUGGUGGACCGGGUCCUAAUCAAGGAGGACUCGGCCAGUGCCUGCUCAGAACUCCGAGGGAUCCUGGAGCGGCUGGAGAGGGAGACGUUUUGGGUGCCGCUGGGCUGGGUGAGGACCUGAGGAGUCCCUGUUUCCUGGGCCCCUUCCCCCUCCUCCAUCCCCUCUAACCACCAACCCUGUUCCCCGGCGAAGCCAACCCCACCCCCUCCACCCUCCUCCGUCCGACCGUCUCCGGUCUGAGGAGUCAGUCGGAGCUGGAGUCCUGGAGUGCGUCCUGAAGGGAGAACUCCAGACAGAGAGACAGACGGACAGAGAACCCUGACAGACACACGGCUGUCUGACCGUACACAGGCUGUGAAGUAGCCCGCACAACAGAACAGAACAAGUCUCUCGCUCUCCUCCUGAUUCAGGAGUCAGAAGUCGGUUGAUGUAUUUUUUCU